CUCAAAGAUUGUCCAGCAUCUGGUACAGAGUAUCGUGGCCGAUGGCUCGUUUUUUCUGAGCUUAGUCGAUUUGGACUCAUAGAUGGGCUCUUACGACGACCGCUUGAGGUCGCAUCUCGUCCCAUUCGUACGGCUUUGGAAGUUGACGGAAUGUCACUCAUGACGACUGCACCAGGGCCCUUCUUGGAAUUAGUGGAUGUCACCAUCUGUGUUGAUACCGUUGAGCCUAUACGGUCCAACAAUCAGAGUUGAGAAACGAAAGUGUAUUUCACGAAGAAGUUAUGUCUUAUCAUAGCAACCUUCCGAGGAGAAUCUGAUGAUCUCCGCCGAUGUUGCGUAGCUCUUCCUAAAGGUUGAAUCAUCAUUUCAUCGACUCUCUCCAACUGCCUCGAAGAUCUUCUAGGGGUUGGUUGGAAGGACGUUCUGCAAGUGCUGAUCAGUUAUGAAUAUCUAUCGUUCGGCCUCUCUGUCACUUACCCUGAAGUUGUUGCAGUUUCGUCUUCCUCCUCUAUGACUGAGGUUUGGACAUUCCAUUGUACGUGA